AUGGCUACGGAAUAUCUUGAAUGCAGGUCCUGCAAAAAAAAGCUAGCAGCCUGGUCUCAAGAUAUUCUUAGCCAGCUUGAUCCUGUCCACAGGGAAAUGUUUCCUGCAGUCUUGACCUACAGGCUGUCCUGUGAUAAGGAGGUUGUGAGGUGGAUGCGGGGACGCUCACUUGGGAACAGUGCAACGUCUGCCUACCGAAGCCUGUGUGUCAGGCACAGAGAGAAGUGGAUUGCCCAGACAACCCAUUAUCUCUCUGUGGUUGGGAAGUUCCCAGACUGCACCACAGAUCCCAGCAGUCUCGCUGCCCGGCUGCCUCAGAUGGUGCCUGUGCCUUGUCCGGCAUGGCUGCUGUCAGUGUAUGCUAAAGAUGUACUGACACGGCUGCCUGAACUAAAGGCCAGGGUGACCUCCAUCUAUGGAACCAUCCUAAAGAUGGAUUCCACUAAAAAGGUCACUAAGAAAUUGGCUGGUGAGGCUGCUGGCACUGCAGCAUGGGUCACAGACGUGGGCAAUGAGUUUGGCCAGGUCCUCAUGUGUGUCCUCACUGAGGCAGAGGGCGAUGGCCUCCUUCCCAUGUGCUCUGGACUCGUGGAGCGCUACCGGAGAGCUGGAGAAGUUCCUCCCCAACUUCUCUAUGUGGACCGGGACUGUUGCUCUGCCACUGGUAAAGGAAAGGCGGCCGCAAUGUUUACCGAGUGGGACCAGCUCAUUGUCAGGCUGGAUAUAUGGCACUUCAUGCGGCGGUUUGCCGUUGGAGUGACCACAGACAGCCACCCGCUUUAUGCAUCCUUCAUGAAGCGCCUCACUGCUUGCAUCUUCGAAUGGGAUGCUUCAGAUGUUGAGAAGCUAAUGGAGGCCAAGCGGUCGACAGGCAGCCAGCCCACUGCCAAAGAACUGGCAAAGCAUUGCCGCCGCCGCACUCGAGGGGCCCAGGAGACCAUGCAGCUCAUUGAGAAGCUGCUACAAGACUUCAUGGGGGCCACUGACACCAUGGGCAUUAGACUUCUGGACCAGGAGAGGAUGCAAGAGAUCUGGCAGACCCAGCAGCGCCACGUUCAGUGCAUCCAGGACCCGCCAGGUGUGCAGCUGUACAGGAAAACAGGGCAGGUGACCAAGGAGGGGGUCAUUCUGCCAGUGUAUCGCUGUGCACGUGGCUCCACAUCUCUGGAGUCAUUCCACCUGCACCUAAAUCGCUUCGUCCCAGGUACAAGUGCGAAUGCUUUGCAUUUUCAAAUGUACCUGCUGGAAGGCCUGGUGCAGUGGAAUGAGGCACGUGGGGUCGCUGCAGUAGAAGGUGCCCGCAGAGAGGACAUCUGCUACGGCGGCCAGCUGCUACAGUACUGCAAUGUACUGAGCCAGCAGCUCCUGGGACAGAAACUGGUGCAGGAUUACACCAGCCCUGGUGAAUACACAGGAGAGCUCAUUGGUGUGGAAUAUUUGUAUUCUCAGACCAAUAGAGCUUUAGAGGAAGACAUAGCUAAAGAUCCUGACGUUCCCGAUGGCCUUCAGGAUGAAGACCUACUGGCUGAUCUGGAGGGGGAUGAGGGGUUUGAGGAUGCAUACCUCGACGAGCCCACUGAAUUUAUGGAGCUUGAGAGCAACCUCCAGAACCCCUCUCAGCCCCCAUCCCAGACAGACCCAGCAGCUGUGUCUUCUUCUCCUGCGUCGUCCAGUCAGAGCCAGAUGGACAGUGUGGGACCAAAUGGCCAACCUGGAUAUGACCAUGUCAUUAGACUGGCUGACUGUCUGGUUGACCUGCGGCUUCAGGGGUUUGUCACACAAAGUAUGGUGGAUGAGAUUGUCAUGCUGUGGAACCACCUGGCAGAUCAUGACAAGGGGCCUCUCAUCUAUUCCCCUCGCCACCGCGACAGACUGCUGAAGGGUCGCUUUAAGGUCAGCCAUUCGAAGACCAACGUAACCCCUGGCACAGACAGUCUAAAGAGAUGCUUCCUUGGUGAGGAUGGACCUGCACAGUGGCCCAGCGCAAGCCGUCUGGUGGAAGCUGUCUGCCUGGCUCUCUGCCGAAUCCACCCGGCCGGCCAAACCAUCGCUGGAGUUUGUGUGAACCAAUGGGCUGCCAUUCUAAGGGACUACAGGAAGAUCCGUGAUGUAGUCCUGGGCAGCCCGGCAGCCCCGGAAUCAUGGUUCAUAGGACACUCGUGUUUUGAGUCUGCAAUACCGCAGGAUGCGUCUGAACAGGCAGCACCGCGUUCUCGAGGCCGACCGCCUCCUGUGGGCACAAUGGCAGCAUCUGUCCGACCUGGUCCUCAUGUCUCUCCUGGCUUUGCUGUGACUGCUCCUGUUCCUGCUGGUGCUGCACCUGUUCCUGCUGGUGCUCCGCCAGUUCCUGUUUCUGCUGGUGCUGUGCCAGUUCCUGUUUCUGCUGGUGCUGCGCCUGAUCCUGUUGUUGGAGUACAUGUACCAGUUGCAGCGCCAGAUGAAAAGAGGGUGCCAAAGACCACAGCGUGGCGGCAGAAGAAGUUGGCGGAGGCAGCCGCUGCAGCAGCAGCUCAAGGUUUGACUCCCCAAAAAAGACAAGCACCUCAAAUGGAAAGCAAACCAAGGCUGUGCAAGGAGGCUGGAGAGCUUGUGCUCAGGGCAUCUCAGGAGGCUGCCACUGUGGAGAAAGUCCACCUUUCUCAGGUGGCUAAAGGGGUGCCUUUGUGCCAGACUACCCAGAGGUUGUGCUGGGGCAAGCCAGGGUCAAGGUUAUCCAAGGUGGAGGGGAUCCCUUUGAUGAUGUAA